AAUAUGCUUCAGUGUCAACCAACAAUAAUUCUUAUGGUUUUUCCUGUCAGCAAGUCAAUAAAUUUUAAACUAUUUUGAUUAUUUAUUUAUGUUAUUGGGUAUAAUUAAAAUGGAAGAAGACGAAAUUGAAGAUCAUCAAGAACACGUUGAUCAUCAAGCAUUACCCCUUGGUAAAUGUGUGUGCGACGAUAGCGUGCCAGCACCUACCACCCCAAGUGAAAAAGGUGUAAUUCCAGCAAGAAAACAGUACAUGCUUAGUACUGUUGCAAGAACAGAAAAUUAUCUUCGAGAAUAUCGUAUUCCAGAGUUAAUUCGAUAUUUUCUUGCUAUGAUAUUAGCUCAUUUACCAGAAAGUCCUAUUGUUUUUCUCGAAAAAUUACUUGAUGAUUGUAUGCUCUUUCGUGCAGGACAUGGAGUGGCACCAGUACUUUAUGAAAAAAGGCACUUGGAGGCUGUGAUAAAAAGCUUUGAUCCUGGUCAGAGAGGAUGGCUAAGCGCUGGUCAAGUCCAGCGCCUUUACGCAACUUUAGAAUUUACUGGUGAAGAGUUAUCUGAAGAGAGAACAUCAUGCAAUGUUUUGUUGGACAAUUUGAAAAGAACUCAAGAAAUGGAAUUAUUACAGUUGCUAACAGUUUGUGUAGGAGUCGUUAAUAAAAAUUAA